UGUCGGACUUCGGCGGCGAGUCGGGAAGUCCUACUGCUGUGUCCUCGUCGCUACUGUCGGGGACGAAUUUGGGGGCUGACGUGCAGCCAGUAAUUGGGUUUGUAGACGUGGAGGGACAGGGAGACGGGCACCUCACCUACGAAAUCAAGCUGGCAACCCCGCUUCUUCUGCUCUCGAAGGUGGUCAUCUUCAACUGGCUCGGCCAGCCAAACAAGACUACCAUGCUCGACCGUCUGGGAAUGAUGAGGGAAGCAGCUGCCACUAUCGACCGGUCACAGCGCCGAGGCGAACGCCUUCGGCCACCUGAUCGUGUUGCUUCGUGACGUGGCUGAAAAAUACGAGAAAGACGCCUAUAGUCUGAUCUUUGACGAGGAGAAAGAUGACUGUGAAACUGACGAGGCGGAAGAGCAGAUGAAUCUGCGCAACGGCAUCCGGCGGGACCUCACCAGGUCUUUCCAGAGCAUUCGUGUGUGCUCUCUGCCUCUUCCUCACGACGAAAUAAAUGGAGACCGACAGAUUGCUCAGGGUGAGGUGUCUCCAGCGUUUGCGGCCAAGGUUAACAACUUGCGACAGUUUCUUGCGACGGAUCUUCUCGCGAGACCGCACUCCUUCGGAAACGAGGCCAUCGUGGGAGGUGAAGUGCUUUCCUCGCUGCUGACUGGGGUGUGCGGGGCAGUCAACGGCGGGCUUUCGAAUUUCUUUCCUCUCAGCCUGAUGCAGUCCAUCCAGCAGGGGCGGGCGGAGACCGUGCUAUCCGAGUCGAAGAAACUGUUCAAGCAGAGCGUCGCAAAGAGCGUCGAGGGCAAGCCACCAUUGUCGAAGGCCGCCACAAUGAAAGUGAUCGAGGUGGCAACGUCCACAGCCGUCGGACACUUCACGGAACAGGCACGUAGCUUAGCCGAGUCCGUUACGAGCAAGUACUGGGAGAAGCUCGAAGAGGUCAUCGAGGAGGGUUCAAAGGCGUGCUACGCUGCACAGGAGCGGCAGGUUUCGGACGCCAUCAACCAGGUUAAUCGCCUACGGUCCGAGAGUCUCCAGCACGUCGACAAAGAGGCGAUCAAGCUUAUGCUCAGCUUUCCAAUGGAGGUCGACGAGCUAAUGCGCCGUUGGCAAAGACUGUGCGCCGAAGGACACGGACAGCUGCAACGCUCCGUCGAAAAGUACAUGGGCGGCGGCAUUCUCGAGGACCUGCAGGGGGAGCUGCCCACGCCGCACCAGUUCGAAGACGAAGUGUCAGACAAGCUUAGCACCCUGAUCGCUUCGAACCAGUCCCUGUUGAAGUCGGAGCAAGGCAAUAAGAUCUUGGAGGAGGUCCUGCGUGAGUCGAAAGACGCGAGUGAAGAAGCGGGAAAGCGAGUUGACGCGAUGCAGAAGGGAAAUGAGCGGCUGCUGCAGGAACUGCGGGAAAGCAGGGAGGCCGAAGAGAGAGCACAGCAGGCGACAAUAGACCGGGAAGCUAGUUCCCAAAUGUGGCAGGCUAUUGGAUCAUUAGCAAUAGGUGCGUUGGACGCUGCCAGAUCUCGGGUAACGGGGGCAAGUGGGUCCUCUGAUGAGGCCACGGAUUCCGGCAGCGUUCGUGUAGCAACACCAGCAACAGCAACUCGAAGAAGACCUACGCGUGACGUUGAUGUGGGGCCGAUCCUUAGCCAAGACCACGCCGAGCGGAAGGCCCGCGAGUACAUCGCUGAACAUCCCGACCUAGAGUGGACCGGACACUGGACGACCACGUCGGUGGGAAGAGCAUCCGUUAUCGGUGUACGCGACAAGGCGUAAAUCCUUCCUCGGCUGGUAGAUGGCUUGCUGUUCCUUCCUUAGAUACAACAGCCGCCAGCCACUAACGGUGGUCGAGAGGCUGUUGUACUGUUGUCCAGCACGUCCUGACAAUGGUUGCCACAAUAUUGGGUGCAGGGGUGCAGUGAGCGGGGGUGGAAAAGGUGGAGAAGGCAACGUACAUAAAGCAGCGAGGUGAUAUUUGUCAAAAUCAGUUUCGUUCCAUUGUACCAUGCUGCGAUACAAUUAGUGGACAUCACUCGAUGUGUUUGGUUGCCUGAUUGGUAAGAACCCGGCACGGAACACCCCCCGGCAUUGUACCAGUACGCCCGGUUGGUGAUUUUGACAAUUGCAGUUUCGUUUCUACCGCACAUAGCGUGUAGAAGUAGAAAGGGGCGGAGUUCUCUGAUUUUUAUCGCCUUGGUAACCCUUCGGGUCCAUUUCAUACGUCCAGUAUUGUGUUAUGGGUAAGGUUGCCUGUGACCACGGGAAUCGACCGCGUCAAGUGUUGGAUUAUGUAGUACGGACAGAGUGGGACAGGUGACUAUCCUUGACCGAGAUAUCGGAACGUUUGUUUUGGUGAAGACAACAACAAUAAGGUGAUGUGUGUGACAACGUCGUACAUGAAAAUGCCUAUUAAGAGGGACUCUUGACGUUUUUUCGUCCCCUUCUGUUGGUGCGAUGGAAAUACAGCGAACAAAGAGAGAAAGGGAGAUACACAUCGAGGAGCUAACUUCC